AUGACUGGCCUGCCUACAACAUCCGCCGGCACCGCCAUGCGUUCGAAUAUGCCGCCGCCGCCGUACAACGAUGAUGCCGACGACGACGAUGACGCCACGCCGAGUGCGACCCCUUCAAACACCGUCGACGCCAAUGCCGCCGCCCCAAUCACUGCCGCCGCCAAAGUGCAGUCGCGCCCGGCACUGCGUCCAUCACCGCCACUCAGCUCAAACACUCCCACCAUAAACGAGCCAUCCAAGUCACCAGACGUCAGCGCUCCUUCGGUUAGUCCUGAUGAAGCAGAGAUUGCACGAUUGCGUGCUGCUGUGACUGCCAGGAUGACCUCUAAUUUGCAACGGGCAAAGGCCAACUUAGCCGCUCAGCAGCAGCAGCAACAGCAAUUCUAUCAACCUCAGCCCGACACCCUCUCGCCCGCUGUCAGUCGUUCCAGCACCUCUGGCCAAGUCCCUCGUCGACCUUCGCCUAUCAAGGAGGAACAUGGCACUGUUUCUCCUCUGACCGCCGCCUUCAGCAGUCCCUUGGCCACUACUCAGACUGCCUCUACCGAGUCGACAUCUUCAUCUUCUAGGACCAUUCGUGGAAGUGCUGCUGCUACUCCGGCUGCCAUGCCCUUGCGCACUCCUUCAUAUCCUUUCCCAUACGUCCCUGGUACUCCGCGCACAUGGUCGUCGUCGUUCCACCAACCUUUCACAGCUCUGUCGCCAACGGUCUCGGCUGCACAAUCGGGUGAUAGCAGCACCCCUGGCGGUGCUCCCAUAUCUGGUGCAACCACACCUGCUGCUACUGGUGCAGCCUUUGCCCCUCAUGGCUUCGAGUUCGCGCCAAGUCAGGAUCCUCGUUUCCCUACUCCAAAUGUCUAUGAUCUUGUCUUGCAGCUCAAUUCAGAGCCCGGCUUGGAGGCGUGGUGGUCAGCAGUGGCAAACAUAAUGAAUGAUGUUUACAAGGCCGACCGUGCGAGUCUUGCCUUGCCUGCUGAUUCGAAUGAUAUUGAGAAUGUGCCAUGGGGUCAGAAGACUACUUUCAAUGCUGCUGGUCGCGAGGACGAUUCAAACGGAAGCCAGGAGGCCUUAAACCAGGCGCCGCUCCCCAUUAUGUCGCUGCCUCCACGUUCUACUCCAGAUCCAUCUCCUCUCAGUCGCAUUCGUCCAAACCUUGAAUCUCGCCAUUCUUACGCUGGACAUACAUCUGCCGACACGCCGCAGCGUCCCGGUUCUACAUUGCGACCGAACCUGUUGUCACGCACAUUGAGCCAUGCUCCUAGCCUAACGAAUCCCCCCAUGCCAUCUCCUGGUCUAGAACACCGCACCCACAACUACCGCAGUACAUCUGUUAGCGAACCUGAAUUCAGCAGUGUCGGUGGCUACAGCCAGCCAACCCAACUGGCUGUCUACCCCAUCCUCAAAGGUCUGGAGUCUGAGCUUGAUGGACUUAUUGACUCAAGCGGCAUCAAUAGGGUGUUAGAAAGAGGCAAGCUGAUAACAUUAACCCGCGACUAUUCCAACAAUGGCCAAGACAGUCAAAGUUCUUCGAAUAGCUCUCAGGACGAGAACACUUCUUCUGGUCAUCGACCGACAAAAGGGAGUGCCCAAGAGCCACCGCCAUCGUCUUCGUUACCAAGCAAGGCUGCUCAACAGUUUGGCAACUUCCGUACGCUUUUCUCACAAAUGGACAACAACAAGCGACGCGGUUCAACGUUCGAAGAAUACGAGCAAUAUCCACCUUCGCCUUGGGCCCAAUCACCCGCACCUUCACCUGCCAUGCAAGCUGAUCCAGAGAACAACCCCUUCUUCGUCGCAGAGGAAAGUGUUGAGGACUCUUUUAACCCAACUAACGACACUCAUGACUACUCACAUCUAGAACCGGUUGAGGCCAUUGGUGUCGACCGCGCUCAUACUGUGGUGCACAUCCCUCUCAUCCAUCCGACUUUAUCGCCAAUAAUGCAUAACUACCAGUCUCCCAACCCGGAGUCUCGUCCGGAAAGUCGGGCACAAUCAGUAUCACAAGCCUCUUCCGGCGAACGGAGAGCUCCAAUUGCGAUUCUCUCGAUUCUCAGUCCUGCAGUACCAUACCCCCAAAAUCUUGUACAAUCUCUCAAAUUGCUGGGGCCCCAUCUGGCGACUUCUUAUUACAUGGCUCACCAAUACACUAACGCACACAAUCAAGCUAUGGGUGUCCGUCAUCGCAAGUCCAUCUCGGGUCACAAUGUUGGCUUCGCGCCUCUGAGCAUUGCACCAGGGAACCUGGACGACCUCAUUCGUGCGGAUUUGGACGAAGUGGCAGGUUCUAUAUCAGGUAGUAUGACCAGCCCUUCCGAUUACUCUGGCCGUUCACGCCACAGCCCCUCUGGCUCCAUUGUCGGAACUCCUGGAUGGGAUCCUUCGGCCUUCGGACUAAACUCCAGCAGCAAGUCGGUAGCAGGUACUCCAGCUGGUCUUCGUGGGUCCGAGAUUGUCGACAGUUACUUCGAUGCCAAGAAGCACCGAUCGACAGGCGUUGCUGGCAAUCAGACUUCAUUGAUCACACCUGCAAAGGACAGAAGUAAGAGGGUAUCGGUAUCUGGAGCCGACGACGAGCAGAUGACACCGAAAAGUGAAAGAAGGCCCAGACAAUCUCGUUCGGGAAUAGAGGAUAAAUCUCCACUAAGAGCUGUUGGUCGUGAGCAGAGUCCUUUGCGAACAGCUGAAAAUUCCGUUUCUAGAAAGCCUAGCUUCCGCAGCAACGCGCUUCCUCCCACGAUCGUUGCGGAAGGCGGAGACAAGCGCCACUCUGUCCUGCACUCCUACGGUGCUGAUUUCAGCUCAUCUUUCCAAGGGCUACCCGCUGCGACUACGCCCGGCCCAAGAACACCUGGGCUGUCUCACAUCAGAGCAACCUCUGUUUCUGAAGAUAUGCCUCCACCUUCUGAACGGUUGUUGCGUACAAUCAUCGACUCGUUGCCUGUACAAAUUUUCACUGCUGCUCCCGGCUCUGGUGCGUUGACCUGGGUCAAUUCGAAGUUCCUGGUGUACCGUGGGCAUGAUUCUAGGCAGGUCCUGAAGGAACCUUGGCAAGCAAUACACGCCGAAGAUAGAAGCAAGUACAUGGACAGCUGGAACCGAUCGCUACGGACAGGCCAGCAGUUGCAACAAAAGAUUCGUCUACAACGAUUCGAUGGUAACUACCGAUGGUUUUAUGUUCGGGCUGCGCCGUUGAAGGACAAGAAGCAAAAUAUCGUUCAUUGGAUUGGCACCAAUAUGGACUUCCAUGAACAACAUCUGGCUGAGUUGAAUCUCGCACGUCAGCAAGAGACUGCUGCUUCUGAAGCCAAAUACCGAGCAUUGGCCAACUCAAGCCCGCAGGUAGUUUUCACUGUCAACAAGUCAAGGGGCAUCACUUUCUGCAAUUCGCAAUGGCUCUACUAUUCUGGCCAAGAUGAGUCACAGGCUCUGGGUAUUGGCUUCAUGGAGCACGUCCAUCCAGACGACAUCGUCAAGUGCAGACUUCCAGCUUUCGAGAACGACUCGGUGAACGCUACCAAUGUCCCUACUACUAUGCCGCCCGAGCCACAACGAGCUCAAUCUUCUUCUGCUCAGUCGUCUAGUGCUUCAUCAGAUACAGAGCGCGCACCUACGAGUCCACUCAACACGUCACCCACCACUCAACUGCCUCAGGCAAGACUUUCCCAAUUGGCUUCGACUGGUAUUCUCAAAGUCUCAAGAGACGCUGAUGGAAAGCCUUCAUAUUCUACAGAAGUCAGACUUCGUUCAAAGGACGGCGAAUACAGGUGGCAUCUUGUUAGGGUUUUGCUUGCAGAGCGCGAUCUUCAAGAAGAUGAAGAGGAGACGUGGUAUGGUACUUGCACCGACAUCAAUGACCACAAGGCUCUGGAACGUGACCUCAAGGAGACUAUGGAUGAGAAGUCCCGCUUCUUGAGCAACAUGUCUCACGAGAUUCGCACACCCCUCAACGGUAUUACGGGCAUGGUCAACUUCUUGAUCGAUAGCAGUUUGACCUCUGAACAAAUGGAGCACGUCAACAUUAUCAGAGCAUCUACUGAAGGAUUGCGUGGCCUCAUCAAUGACAUUCUCGAUCUGUCUAAGGCUGAGGCUGGCAUGAUUCAACUUAACAUGGACUGGAUGCAUGUUCGUUCCCUGAUUGAAGAAGUUAACGACUUGACUUCUGCAAUGGCGAUAGACAAAGGACUUGAGCUCAACUAUCUGGUCGAACCUAAUGUACCCUCCCAAAUCAAGGGUGAUCGUUUCCGCAUUCGCCAGAUCCUGCUCAAUAUCAUUGGUAAUGCGAUCAAGUUCACACAGAUUGGUGAAGUUUUUGUUCGCUGCAGCGUUCCACAGGAGGAAGAGAAUCAACCUACUGACGAUUCCAUGUACAUUCAAUUCGAGAUUAUGGAUACUGGUCAAGGCUUCACAGAGAAGGAGGCACAGUACCUCUUCAAACGCUUCAGCCAGAUCGAUGGAAGUAGCACUCGUCAACACGGCGGAACAGGACUCGGACUUGUCAUCUCCCGUCAACUCGCUCAAUUGCAUGGAGGCGACAUGUAUGCAAGAGGUGUUCCUGGCAAAGGUGCCACCUUCACUUUUGUCAUCAAAACGGCUUUGCCAUCUGGAGACGACAAGCCGCCUCCGCCCCCUGCUACUCCAGGCCCCGCCCUACUACCUGUCACACCUAUGACACCUUCGCCUGUGCCGACAAUAAUGCAGGACCCCAGGCUAUCAAACACGCUCAAUCUACCUUACAGGAGUUCGCCCAAGCUAUUGUCAGAUGGUACAGAAGUAUCAUCGCCAGACUUUGAUCGACCAUCUCCGGUAGCAUCGUCUUCUGGAAGUUCGGAUCCAUCAAUCAGAGCCGGUACCACAGGUAGUGUCCAGUCAACCAGGUCUUCUGCAUCCUCGUUUGUACCCGAUCCAUCACUCAUGUCGCUAUCGCCACCGAUUGAUUUGGCGUUGCCUUCUGAAAACAAGCUCGGCCGCACUAACACUGGAGGCUCGACCGUUAGCGAUGCGAGCGGUCCACAUGCCGCCAUUCGAAUGGUCACGCCUGGUGGCAGCCAUUUGCCCCCUAUGUACUCUAUCCUGGUCGUGUGCCCGCUCAAGCAUGCUCGUGAAGCAACAGUUCAGCACAUGGACAUGACGCUGCCGAAGAACAUUCCGCACAAAAUCACAGCGAGAGAGAAUGUGAUCGAGUGUCAGAAGAUGAUUGGUGGGGACGACCCAAUGAUAUUCUCGCACAUUGUGCUGGUCCUUCAAUCAGUACCAGAGAUCAUUGCGUUUGUGCAGCAAGUCUUUACUUCAGCUCCUCAUUCGGCAACGCAGUUGGUGCUCAUCACAGAUCUGCAACAACGACGAAAGCUCGUAGAGCAAGCACCGCAGUUCGACUACGAUGCUUUGGCCAAGGAACGGAGGAUGCAAUUCAUCUUCAAGCCACUGAAACCAAGCAAGUUUGCUGCCAUCUUCGACCCACGCAAGGAACGCGAAAUGAGCACCGAUCGCAAUCAGGAUUCAGCUCAACAAGUGGCUGUCAGCCAGAAGCAAGUGUAUGAAGAAAUGAAGAGCAGGUUGGGCAACAAGAACAAACGAGUCUUGCUGGUGGAAGACAAUAGAGUGAACCAGAUGGUCCUGCUUAAAUUCCUCAGCAAGGUUAACGUCAAGGUCGAUACAGUACUGGAUGGUGUACAAUGCACCGAAAAGGUGUUUGCUAAUCCUCACGGAUACUAUUCCAUCAUUCUGUGCGAUCUUCACAUGCCCAACAAGGAUGGCUAUCAGACUUGCCGAGAGAUCCGUAAGUGGGAGAAGAAGAACAAACAACCUUACCUUCCAAUCGUGGCACUAUCGGCCAACGUCAUGGGAGAUGUUUACGCCAAGUGCGUAGAUGCAGGAUUCAACAGCUACGUGACCAAGCCAGUCGACUUCAAGGAGCUUAGUACCGUUAUGUUGACCUUCCUGGAUCCCUCGGACCCCAACCAGCCUAUCGAAUUCAUGAAGCAGAAAAAUGAUUGUCGAACCUGGCGGUAUGGAGAGAAAGAGCAGGAUUUUGUCUGA